AUGACAACGUCCAGCGCCGGCGAUGGACUGUUUAGUGCGGUGUCGUCGGCGGCGGCGCGAGUUAACGGCACGGCGGGUGACGACAGCCUGCAGGAGCUGCUGGAGGGAGGCUGCCCGCGGCCCGACGACACCCUCUACCCGAGCCUGAUCGGCAUCGACCUGGCGGUGCCACAGUGGGAAGCCAUCGGAACCGCUCUCAUCCUGACGCUCAUCAUCGUCAUCACCAUCGUCGGCAACAUCCUGGUGAUCCUGAGCGUGUUCACGUACCGACCGCUUCGGAUCGUGCAGAACUUUUUCAUCGUGUCACUGGCCGUGGCCGACCUGACCGUGGCCAUCCUGGUGUUGCCCCUGAACGUCGCCUACUCGCUGCUCGGGCGCUGGGAGUUCGGUAUCCACGUGUGCAAGAUGUGGCUCACGUCGGACGUGCUUUGCUGCACCGCGUCCAUCCUCAAUCUGUGCGCGAUCGCGCUCGAUCGCUACUGGGCGAUCACCGACCCGAUCAACUACGCCCAGAAGCGCACGCUCGAGCGCGUCCUGGCGCUCAUAGCCGGCGUCUGGGUCCUGUCACUCCUGAUCAGCUCUCCGCCGCUGAUCGGCUGGAACGAUUGGCCGGCCGAGUUCUCGAGCGAGUUCCCGUGUCAAUUAACGAGCAACCAGGGCUACGUGAUCUACUCGUCGCUCGGCUCCUUCUUCAUCCCGCUCGCCAUCAUGACGAUCGUGUACAUCGAAAUCUACGUCGCCACGCGCCGCCGACUCCGCGAGCGCGCCCAAGCCUCCAAGAUCAACACGCUGCAGCCUACUGCCGGUGGUCCACACCCGGACCAGGAGUCGAUCAGUAGCGAAACGAACAACCACAACGAACAGGAUCCACCGGCGGCGACGGCCAAGAACGGGCUGGAGGUACGGACGACGACGACGACGACGGUCGGGUUCGAUGGGUCCGCCCUGACCGGCGGUGGGCGGCCGCCUACGGGCGCCGUCGCCGCUGGCCGCUUGAAGCAAUCGUUCCGGAAACCGGGCGGCCUCAACCAGUUCAUCGAGGAGAAGCAGAAGAUCUCGCUGUCGAAGGAGCGGCGGGCGGCCCGCACGCUCGGCAUCAUCAUGGGCGUGUUCGUCGUGUGCUGGCUGCCCUUCUUCCUCAUGUACGUCAUCCUGCCGUUCUGCCCGAGCUGCUGCCCGACGAAUAAGUUAAUUAAUUUUAUCACCUGGCUGGGCUACAUCAACUCGGCGCUCAACCCGAUUAUUUACACGAUAUUCAAUCUCGACUAUCGGCGCGCGUUCAAGCGGCUCCUCGGCAUCAAGCCGUAA